AUUCGAAUGGUUAUUUGAAUACUUAUGCUGGUACGAUGAGUCAAGCAUUUUGUGGUGAUAAUGAAAAUGUUACAGUGGCAAAAUUUGAUUAUCUACAACACAUUGCUUUCAAUUCUUUGGGAGAAUUAGUUAUUGCGGAUGUCUAUAAUCAUAGAAUUAGAAAGGUUGCUGUAAAUGGUAUUGUUUCCACCAUUGCUGGUUCUUUAAAUUUGAAUUAUGUUUCUAGUGGUGAUGGUGGACCUGCUACAAGUGCCAAACUUAUUAAUCCUUAUGGUUUUUGCUAUACUAAAUAUAAUGAGCUAAUUAUUGCUGAAACGAAUAACAAUCGUUUAAGGAAAGUUUCAUCAAGUGGUAUUAUUACAACACUAGCAGGUACAGGUACAGCUGGAUAUGGUGGUGAUGGACAAUUAUCAACCUCAAAUACUGUUCUAUUGAAUAAUCCUCGAAGUGUUUAUUGUGCAGAUUCAGGUGAUAUUUAUUUUACUGAUACUGAUAAUUAUAGAAUUAGAAAGGUUGAUACCAAUGGUUAUAUUUCAACAGUGGUUGGUACAGGAAGUUCCACAUAUAACGGAGAAUUGGAACCAUUAUCUACCAAUAUUGGUAAACCACUUUUUGUAACAAUAUUUAAUGGAACACUUUAUUUUUCUGAUGACAGUUAUAGAAUUCGUAAAGUGUAUAACAAUGUGAUAGUUGUGGGAGGUACUGGG